AUGGACACAAAUGUGAACACAUAUACAAAUAUAAGUAAAGCCGGCGAAAAGAAAAAGAAUUGGUGGUUGAGUAGAGAUUCUUUAGGUUCUCUGGGUAUUGAAGAGGAAAGAUUACCUCUGGUUUUAGCAAGAGAUGUAACAUUUAGUCGGUUCGCAAAACGAGUUGAGAUUAUUAAGGCCAGGAG